CUUUUCCCUUGGGAGCUGGCUGGGGAUGUGGCUGAGGGAGCGCUGGGAAUGCGGAGGUGAAACCGCACCUGUGGGGAGCGGCGGUGUCAGAGGAGCGCGGGCGGCAAGAGCCAAAACGGAAAACCCACUCCAAGAAAGCCUCUAUUCUGCAAGGCAAGGGCUCCAUUCUAUCCAGGAGCCCAGCCAAGAAAACUUUUGUGGCCUACCACCUAGCUUUUACCAGCCACCUAUCCAAAGCCAAUUAUCACCAACCAAAACCCAGGACAGCCGUGAAACCUCUCCUAUGAGUGUCCCUAAUCUCCCAUCCGUUUCCUCUAUGUGCCAACCAACCAUGUUUAACUACGAACGUCCAAAACACUUUAUCCAGUCUCAGAAUGUGUGUCAAGGGCAACAGCAGCUUCCAGGACCUGCAGCCUCCACAGAGCCAAGCAGAGAAAUCAAGCAGUCCUCCAUCCUCAUACAGCCUCGCAACCCCAGCGGGCAGAAAUUCUCCUCCUCGUCAUCGCUGAGCUCCUCAAUCACGCUCUCCUCGCCGUCCUGUAGUGCCCCUAAGGAAUCCACAUAUCCCAUCACACCUGCAUCUGCACAGUCUCCUGCUAGCUCAUCAUCUGGGCAGAGGCUUCUGCCCAUGCCUAACCAAUCCCCCGCAGCCUUCCUGUGCUCCGUGCUCCCCUCGCAGCCCGACUAUAACAGCCCAGCUCCUUCUCCCGUGGAACCUCAUUACUCACAGCCCAUGUAUAACAAACAAGCCAGCAUCAACUCUAUGCAGAAGACAUCAGACCAAGAAAUUCGAGGCACAAAGGAGGCCCUCAUUCAGGACUUGGAAAAGAAACUGCGAUGCAAAGACAGCCUCCUCCAGAACGGCAACCAGCGACUGACUUAUGAGGAAAGAAUGGCUCGCAGGCUGCUCGGCCCAGCAAACGCUGCCUCUGUGCUGGACACUCAGGGUGAAGAGAACAUGCAGAGUGCACAGCACCAGAACUCAGAAAACAUCAGGCUGCAGGUUCCUACAACACAUGUAAGGAGCAGACCAUCCUCAAGAGGCGAUGAUCGUGGACAUGACUCAAUCCAGGAAAAGUUUUUUCAGCCACGUUUUACACAAGUGCCUGAAGAUGUCGUGAUUGAGGAGGGGCGGUUCUGCAGGCUCGACUUCAAAGUUAGUGGGCUCCCGACUCCAGAUGUGAUGUGGUACCAGAAUGGAAGGAUGGUUCAUCAGGAUCAGUUCCACAAAAUGAUAGUGUCAGAGAAGGGGUUCCACUCGUUCAUUUUUGAAGCAGUCAAAUCAGCUGAUGCAGGGACGUACGAAUGUGUGGCUGUCAACCGUGCAGGAGAAGCGUCCUUCACAGUCAAAGUGGAAGUCAUUGCCAAAGAACAUCACAUGCCUCCAACUUUCAUUUUCAAGCCACAAAGCAAAAAGGUUUUUGAAGGAGACACAGCCAGACUCGAAUGCCAGAUCUCUGCCAUCCCAACACCUCGGAUUUACUGGAAAAGAAACAACGAAAUGGUACAAUAUAAUACAGACCGAAUAAGCUUGCUCCAUGACAAUACUGGAAGGAUUUGCCUCCUGAUCCAUAAUGCAAACAAGAAGGAUGCUGGCUGGUACACCGUGUCUGCUGUCAACGGGGCAGGGGUGGCCACGUGCCACGCCAGGCUAGAGGUUGCAACACAUGCGAAUAAGCCACUCCCAGCCCCAAAGCAGUUACGGGUUCGACCAACUUUUAGCAAGUAUUUGGCACUUAAUGGAAGAGGACUGGAUGUGAAACAAGCUUUCUCACCAGAAGGGGAGUUUCAGCGUUUGGCUGAGCAGUCUGGACUGUAUGAAAGUGAUGAACUUUAACUGGAAACGAGAGGAAAACCUCACACCUGUAAGAGACAGUUACAACAUAGAUGCAGUUAUCUGGUGAUUGCUCUAAUUAGCAAAAUACCUACUUACAUAUUUUUACUUUGACUCUUGCACAUUCAGCCGUUCCCAUUUUACCAUGUUAGGUUUUAUUUAUAUGGUUUGGUGACUGUAACCAUUAACUGAGUAUUGCAUUUUAACUAGAAAGCCUAAGAAAGCAGGUUAAUUAGUUUUUACAAGUGUGGGUGGGCUGAUUUCCACCUGUGCUUGGUUACAUGCUAAGGUAGCUUGGUUUGUACUGCUUCUCUAAUAUCACUCGUGAUAAUAUCAGAAGUCUGUACGGUCUGAAUACUAAAGAGUGUUUUUAUGUGAAUAAAUUAGAGGCAAAUAAAA